UCAAAAAUUGCAGACGCUUGUAUUGCAACGUGCACGACUGAGACUGAGAAUGAGCCAUAUCCCAUAUCAUAUAAAGUAAAAAUUUGUUUGAAAACAAUGUCGACAGGGGCUCUUUGUGAAACUCCGGGUUGUAAUCUAGAAGCUCGGCUUCAAUGCCCUACUUGCCUAAAGCUAGGAAUUAAAGGUUCUUUUUUCUGCACCCAAGAAUGUUUCAAGAAAAUCUGGAAUGUACACAAGAGUGUCCACAAAAAAGAAACAGUGGCAGAGCCUGUCACAUAUAACCCUUGGCCUGGUUAUCCAUUUACUGGCACUCUGCGUCCAUUUCCUCAGACACCAAAACGUGUUAUUCCUCCACAUAUUAAAAGGCCAGAUUAUGCUGAUCAUCCAGAAGGACAUCCUCUUGGGGAACAAUCUGCUAGAGGCAGUUCAUAUAUUAAGGCAUUAAGUGAUGAAGAGAAAGAAGGAAUGAAAGUUGUUUGCAAACUUGGAAGGGAAAUUCUGGAAGAAGCAGCUAAUGCAGUGGCUGUAGGAGUUACCACAGAUGAAAUUGACAGAAUUGUUCAUGAAGCCUGUAUAGAGCGAGAGUGCUACCCGUCACCCCUAAAUUAUUAUGAGUUUCCCAAGUCUUGUUGCACCUCUAUCAAUGAGGUGAUCUGUCAUGGUAUUCCUGAUAUGAGACCUAUGCAAAAUGGAGAUAUUUGCAACAUUGAUGUCACGGCGUACCACCGGGGAUUCCAUGGAGACCUAAAUGAAACCUUGUUCGUCGGCCAAGUUAGCGAAUCUGCCAAAAAACUUGUACAAGUCACUUGGGAAUGUCUCGAGAAAGCCAUGGAAAUCGUUAAACCAGGGGUCAAGUACCGUGAUGUGGGGGCUGUUAUUCAGAAGCAUGCUCAAAGUCACGGUUUUUCCGUCGUCCGGAGUUAUUGCGGCCAUGGUAUUCACCAGCUUUUUCACACAGCACCAAAUAUUCCACAUUACGCAAAAAAUAAAGCCGUUGGCGUUAUGAAACCCGGCCACUGUUUUACAAUUGAGCCAAUGAUAUCAGAAGGGGUAUGGAAGGAUGAACAGUGGCCGGAUAAUUGGACCGCCGUUACCCAAGACGGGAAACUUUCUGCCCAAUUCGAGCACACGAUGCUUGUGACUGAAACCGGUGUCGAUGUCCUAACCCGACGCUUGGUAAAGGAUGGAUUGCCUUAUUUCAUGACCAGUCAGUAAGGUAUAAUGACCGAUCACGUCCAUGCUUGAGCAUGACGGGAGUGAAAUACAUGCGGUAUUUAAAAAAGAAACAAAUAAAAAACAAA